UCUAUAGGAAACGUUUCACAUCGGCCUUGAUCCUCCUCCGCUUCCGAGAUCGCUGUUGCGGCUUCCGCGGCGAUCUCGCUGCCCCGACCGCCUCCGCCGGAUGCGAGCCCGGUGAUCGCCGCCAUGGCGAAUUACCUCGCCCAGUUCCAGGCCAUCAAGAGCUCCAGCGAUCGCCUCGUCGUUUCAGUUGAAGAUGUAAGUGACUUGUGGCCUAGUGUAAAAGAAGGUUUUGAAGCACGUUUACCAUUGAAGAAGGCUUGUUUAAAUAACAAGACAAGGAAUCCUGUAUAUGUGGAGAAUCUUCCUGCUGAGUUCAUAUUAACCACGGAUGCAAGAUUACGUAGUCGUUUUCCCCAAGAGCAGUACCUAUUUUGGUUUCGCGAACCAUAUGCAACGGUUGUCCUUGUUAGUUGUGAGGAUCUUGAUGAAUUUAAGACAAUCUUAAAACCAAGGCUGAAAUUAAUUGUGCAAAAUGAGGAGCGAGAAUGGUUCAUUAUAUAUGUGUCAAAGGCUCAUCCCAGCAAUGACCAAGCAACUAAGAUGGCAAAGAAGGUUUAUGCUAGACUGGAGGUUGAUUUUAGCUCCAAAAAGAGGGAGAGAUGCUGCAAGUUAGACUUAAAUGGAGCAGAUGCAAGUUUUUGGGAAGACUUUGACUCCAAGAUAGUGGAAUCUAUCAGAAAUACAUUGGAUAGGCGUGUUCAGUUUUAUGAAGAGGAAAUAAGGAAGAUGAGUGAGCAACGUUUAAUGCCAGUGUGGAACUUCUGUAAUUUCUUUAUAUUGAAGGAGAGUUUGGCUUUCAUGUUUGAGAUGGCUCAUCUUCAUGAAGAUUCAUUACGUGAAUAUGAUGAACUUGAACUUUGCUAUACGGAAACAGUUAAUACUCCUGGAAAACAGAGGGAUUUUGGAGGACUGGAACAGGGUGAUGAUCAGGCUGCUCUCUUGAAGCCUGAAUUCAAACCACUAUCACAAAUUGUCCAGGAUGAUUCAUUCCGAGAAUUUGAAUUCAGACAAUACCUAUUUGCAUGCCAAUUGAAGCUACUAUUUAAAUUAGGCCGUCCAGUAGAGGUUGUCGCGAGGGGCUAUUCAUUUAUUAUCAGCUUCUCAAAGACAUUGGCCUUGCAUGAAAAAUUUCUACCAUUUUGUUUGAGGGAGGUGUGGGUGAUAACUGCUUGCUUAGCUAUUAUUAGUUCAAUUUCAUCUAUUUAUGAUGGUGAACUGGCAGCACCAGAUAUUGAAAAGGAAUUCUACCGUUUCCAGGGCGAUCUUUAUUCGCUUUGCCGAGUUAAGUUUAUGAGGCUCGCAUAUAUGAUUGGGUAUGGAGUUGAAAUUGAAAAAAGUUCUGUAAACAGUGCCUCUUUAAGCAUGUUGCCUUGGCCCAAGCCAGCUGUUUGGCCAUCUGUCCCAGCAGAUGCUUCGGCUGAAGUGCUUGCGAAGGAGAAGAUGAUUCUUCAAGCAAAUCCUAGAAUGAAGCACUUCAGUAUUCAGAGAAAACCAUUGCCACUAGAGCCUUCAUCACUUCUACGAGAAGCUAAUCGACGAAGGGCUUCCCUUUCUGUUGGAAAUGCAUCUGAGUUACUUGAUGUCCGUCCAACUGAUGGUUCAGGUCUAGAUGGAUAUCAAAGAUUCAGUCCACCAAGUAAAAUUUAUGCAAGCCCUAUGCCACGAACCUACUCUGGUCCAGUAAAUUUUGAGAGCUCUGUAUCACUUGAUCGCCCUAUGAGAUUAUCAGAAAUCCAUGUUGCAGCAGAGCAUGCACUCAAGCGGACAAUUACCGAUCCUGAUUUGUUGAAAUCAUUGUCUUCUUUGGAGGAAUUUGAGAAAAAAUAUAUGGAACUAACAAAAGGAGCUGCUGAUAAUUACCACCAUUCAUGGUGGAAGAGGCAUGGUGUUGUUCUUGAUGGAGAGAUUGCAGCUUUAUGCUUUAAGAAUGGAAAUUAUGAUUUGGCUGCAAAGUCAUAUGAGAAGGUUUGUGCUCUCUAUGCUGGGGAAGGAUGGCAAGACCUCUUGGCUGAAGUUCUUCCCAACCUUGCAGAAUGUCAGAAAAUUCUUAAUGAUGAAGCUGGCUAUUUGUCAUCUUGUGUUCGGUUGUUAUCUCUAGAGAAUGGUUUAUUCUUGACUAAGGAACGACAAGUUUUCCAGUCAGAGGUUGUACAUCUUGCUCAUAGCGAGAUGAAACACCCAGUACCCCUUGAUGUUUCAUCGCUGAUCACAUUUUCUGGCAAUCCUGGUCCACCACUUGAGUUAUGUGAUGGGGACCCUGGUACACUGUCCGUAAGUGUGUGGAAUGGCUUUCCUGAUGAGAUCAUUUUGGAGUCUCUUAGCUUGACACUGAUGGCAACUUUUAAUGCAGACGAAGGUGUCAAGACAAUAAACAGCUCAGAUGCCCACAUAUUAAAACCAGGUCGAAAUGUCAUCACUCUUGAUGUUCCUCCACAAAAGCCAGGAUCCUAUGUCCUGGGAGUUCUUACAGGACAGAUUGGCAAUUUGGGAUUUAGAUCCCAUAGCUUUUCCAAAGGUGGACCCCUUGAUAGUGAUGAUUUUAUGAGUUAUGAGAAACCAACCAGACCUGUACUGAAGGUGCUCAAGCCAAGACCUUUAGUCGAUAUUGCUGCUGCAGUAUCAUCAGCUUUGUUAAUGAAUGAAAUUCAAUGGCUUGGAUUAAUUGUAAAACCAAUAAAGUACUCGCUUAAAGGUGCUCUCUUAAGUAUAGAUACUGGUCCUGGCUUGAUGAUUGACGAAUCUCAUAUGAUUGAGAUUGACGACCAUGUAAAGCCAAUGGAGGAUAAAGUUCAUGCAGAUGAAUUAGACAUUACAAGGGAGAAUGCUAUUUCUACUGUUGAAUUUAAACAAUUUGUGCUUGAAAAUGGUAAAAUAGCACUGCCGGAUUGGGCCAGUGAUAUAACUACUGUGUUAUGGUUUCCGGUUCGUGCUAUUGAUGACAGGAUGGCUGUAGGAGCAUCAGCAGAUUGUCCUCAGAGACAGAGUGUCGUUGAUGGCAUGAGAACAAUUGCUCUGAAACUCGAAUUUGGAGCUUUCCGCAAUCAAAUAUUUGAAAGGACCAUUGCUGUGCAUUUCACUGACCCAUUCCAUGUUACCACACGUGUUUCCGAUAAAUGCAAUGAUGGCACUUUACUUUUGCAGGUGAUGAUACACUCUCAAGUAAAGGCUACUUUGUACCUACAUGAUGCAUGGUUAGAUCUACAACCUGGAUUUGUCCAUGUUGGAAAGGCAAAUGGAAGACCUGUUUCAGGUUUCUUCCCACUUGUCAUCUCGCCAUCUUCUACAGCAGGAAUCUUGUUUAGCGUUUGCAUAGAGAGUAUGCCUUUUGGAGAUCAGACAGAACUGCUGCAAACACAAAGUAUCUUGAAUAUUAUGUAUGGAAUCUCUGGUGAUAGAACUAAUGGAGCACAUGCACCUGCACCACUGAAAUCUGAAAGCAAUGAGAAAUUGCAUUUUAAGGUUGCAAUUGCUUUACAACGGCCUGUACUUGAUCCAUGUGUAGCAGUUGGUUUUAUUCCAUUUUCUUCGGAUUGUCUGCAAGUUGGACAACUGGUUAGUAUGAAGUGGAGAGUCGAAAGGUUGAAAGAUAUGGAAGCCAGCCCAUCUUCCUCAUGUAAUGAUGAGGUGCUUUAUGAAGUUGAUGCUAACCCAGAAAUCUGGAUGAUUGCUGGGAGGAAGCGAGGACACAUAUCAUUAUCCAAUGCACGAGGUUCAAGAAUUGAAAUCACCGUGACGUGCAUGCCUCUGAUAUCUGGUCAUGUUCGCCCACCUCACCUAGGUUUGCCAGGCCUUGGUGAUGAAAACAUUAGCUGCAAUCCAGCAGGGCCUCACUUGGUUUGUGUUCUGCCGCCUACCUUAAGUUCUUCAUAUUGUACACCAGCAUGAUUGUAGGAGGAAAUUCGUGACUUGUAUA